GAAAACAACAUGGCUGACAAGAUUUUUGAAGAACUGUGCAGCUCUCAUAAAAUAGAACGAGAUAGAGGUUUUCAGAAUUUUGUCAAGCAUAUUGAUACAGCGGAGAGCGAGGAUAUCAACGAUCUUGAACAGGAUGUAUCAAAACUCUUGACAGAAGAGGAUUCCUCUUGGGAGAAAAAACAUGGGGGGUUAAUGGCAGCUAAAGCUCUGUUGACAAGUGGAAAGAGUUCAGAUGACUUUGUUGUUGAUAUGCGUUCACUAGCUCUGAAAUACUUGGAGGAUAAAGAAUUUAGAGUUCGCACUGCAGCAGGUGAAGUGUUGGGUGCACUAUGCAAAAAAGUAGGACCAGCAGUGUAUGAAAAUUCUAGGUCUGCAAUUUUGGAAGGAAUUCGCAGUAAUCUGGAGCGAGAAAAAUUAUCUGAAUCCAGUCAGCAGGAACAAGAGGAGACAGAAAGACUCAUGGAGAAACUCAGUAGUUCCCCAGCAAGGAAAAGUUCAGUAGAUGCAGAACAGAUAUUUCAUGACACUGCUGGAUGGAAGUCGCUAGAGACUUGGAUGAAAUGCUUGCAGUGUGUGGUAGACAAUUGUGGGCACUUGUUUAAUAACUGUGUCGACCAAGAGUUACUGGACCUGAUUUUCCAAGCACUUGAGCACACAAAUCGUUUUGUCCGAGAGACAGGAUAUUAUGUUUGUGCAUCACUUGUAUCAAUAGGGGUGAAGGGUAAAGAGACCCUGACUUUGGAGGAAGAGAAUGCAGUGUAUCGCCAUGGAGAACAAUUUGCCAAAUAUAUGGCUAAAGGACUGGCAGAUAACUGGAGCCAGGUCCGACUUGCAUCUAGUGUGGCAACAAGAAAAUUCCUUCAGAGUUUACCAACUGAGGAGGCAAAGGCCAAGUUUUACCCUAUACUGAUCCCCAGGAUGUGUUUAAACAGGUAUUAUGUAGCAGAAGGAGUGAGGAUCUACUCUCAGGAUACCUGGCGUAUGGUGACUGGUGGGGAGGGAAAACAUCUGGUGGAAAAGUACAUAGAUCAUGUGGUGGAAUACUAUAUUGAGGCCACAGGGGCAGAUAAUCAUGCUGUAAGGGAGGCGGCUUGUGCCUGUAUAGCAGAAUUAGGAUCAAAGAUCGACAGGAAUUUUGUCCGACCAUUCAUACCACAGCUUUUGGAGGCUCUUUUAAUCUGUUUUAAUGAUGACAGCUGGCCUGUUAGAGAUGCUGCUUGUGUGGCCUGUGGAAACUUUGUUUUGUGCUUCCCAGAAGAAUCUAGGAGUUCCAUGCCUGAUCUGUACCCCUUAUUUUACAAUAAUCUACAAGAUAGCAUCCCUUCAGUUCGACAGGGGGCAGCACUGGCACUUGCCAAUGUAGCACAAGUCUAUGGUCAAGAAAGUCAUGAAGAAAUUCUCAAUAAAGUGAAGGAGGGAAUAGAGGGAUUAAAGAACCAACCAGAGACCACAGAAAAAUACAGUGACCUAGAUAAAGGACCUGCCACUUACAGUGUGGUCAAAAAGUUAAGAGAUAAUGACAUGGAUCUCCACACGGAUAAACAGAUGUAUUCCUGUGGUUCCCUUGCACCAAAGAUGAUGAAGGGUUCCAGGGGAGGAGGAUGUAUGGACCACAAAUUCAGGAAAACCCCAGAACCUUGGGAGCUGGCUGAUGGGUGUGUUCAUUUGAUAGCAGAGCUUUCCCGCAAUCCAGAACUCACAUCCACAGUAUCUGACCUACUGCCAUCACUGGCCAAAUCCACCUCCCUCCAUCACUACCCCCAGCAUGUCAACUACCUGGAGACAGUGUGUAAACAGUUGCCAAACAUUGGUAAAAGUCUGGGAAAGAGGUACUUUAAACCACACUUGGAAGAGUUCUUUGAUUGCAUAUUUUAUGGUAUAACAUGUGAUAAUGCCCUGACAGCCAGUGCAGCUAGCCAGUGUCUGAAUCAGCUGAGUGGGUUCUUAGGACCAAGCAUAUUGCGUGGAAGGGUGGAGCAGUACAAUCCUCGAUAUUUAGAAUUGUUGAAUGCCAAUCAGUUCAUUGCACCUCUAUAAAGACAGUGCUAUACUGGAUUCACUAGUCAUGGCAGAAGAUCAUCUCUGCUGUUAAUACCAGUACAAGCAACAUGUCAUUUCAGCCAAAAGUGUGCAUUGUUGGAGAAUGUCUUAUUAGUGCCAUAUUUUCUCAAUUCACUGUUGUAAUAUGGUAGCCCCAGUCAUUCAAUAAUAUGCAUCAAAUAAUAAAAAUCAGUAUUGCUACUUUAGUACACCGCUAAUACACAAGCUUAACAUGAGGAUCUUUCAUCAAUAUAAAAUUUAACAAUUAAUUAUUGCAUCAAAGAACAUUUUUAAGCUUAGCAAUGUUAUUGUGAUAUUACUUGAGGAGUGCUAUAUUAUAGUUUGGUUUGUUAUUAAAUUCUAAGUAAAGAA